GCGCAGGGCGUUGUCCGGCGCAGCGAAGCCCGGCCCUGGGCGGCGGCGCCAAGCUUUGGGCGAGCCCGCUCGGAGCGCAGCGGGCUCGCCGGCCGCGGGGCUCGUCUCCCCGCCAGAGCGGCGCCUCGCUGCCCGGGCACGGCUCGGCGGAGGGAGGCGCGGCCCGGUCUGGCCACUGUCUCAAGAUGCAAAGGGUUGGAACCCUGCGACCCCAUCGAACGAGACAGCUCCACUGCUUAUUUUGGAGAAGUCCAGUUAGCUGCAACCAUGGGCCCUAUGGGAGUCCUGGUUGAAGAGAACCGCACAAAGGAAGUGAAAAUGGAGCUGUACACCAGACUGUACUUGCCAGGCCUCACCACAUCACUCAGUGAGCUGGCAUCUGACCCCAAACCAGAACUGAAAGACAGUACCAACCUGGUCGAGGUGCAGAUAGUCCUCAUCAUUGCCUAUUGCUUCAUCAUCCUGCUGGGGGUGAUGGGCAACUCCCUGGUGAUCCAUGUGGUCAUCAAGUUCAAGAGCAUGCGCACUGUGACUAACUUUUUCAUUGCCAACCUGGCUGUAGCUGAUCUGCUGGUGAAUACACUGUGCCUGCCCUUCACCUUAGUUUACACACUUUUGGGAGAAUGGAAGCUGGGCCCAGUGCUGUGCCACCUGGUGCCUUAUGCCCAGGGCCUUGCAGUGCAUGUGUCAACUGUCACCUUGACUGUGAUUGCCUUGGACCGGCACCGCUGCAUUGUUUAUCACUUGGAGAGCAAAAUCUCCAAGCAAAUAAGCUUCCUGAUCAUUGGCAUGGCCUGGGCUGUCAGUGCGCUACUGGCUAGUCCCCUGGCCAUCUUCCGUGAGUACUCUCUGAUUGAGAUCAUUCCUGAUUUCAGGAUUGUGGUCUGCUCUGAGAAGUGGCCUGGUGAGGGGCAACUCAACUAUGGCACCAUCUACAGUGUCUCUAUGCUCCUGAUCCAAUAUGUUUUGCCUCUGGCAAUCAUCUCCUAUGCCUACACCUGUAUCUGGACCAAACUAAAGAACCAUAUCAGCCCUGGGGCUGGGAAUGAUCACUACCACCAUCGGCGGCAGAAGACCACUAAGAUGCUGGUAUGCGUGGUUGUGGUGUUUGCUGUAAGCUGGCUGCCCUUUCACGCUUUCCAGCUUGUCAGUGACAUUGACAGUAAGGUGUUGGAUCUGAAGGAGUACAAGCUAAUCUACACAGUGUUUCAUGUCAUUGCCAUGUGCUCAACCUUUGUUAACCCCCUUCUCUAUGGCUGGAUGAACAGCAACUACAGGACAGCCUUCCUCGCAGCCUUCCAAUGUGAACAGCGACUGGAUUCCAUUCACCCUGAGGUAUCAGGAGAAUUCAAAGCCAAGAAGAACUUGGAAACAAAAAAGAAUCAUUGCACUGGAGCCCCUACCAAUGUCUAAGAAUGUCAGGCAUACAAAAAAAAAAAAGGAAUAUACUCUGGUCAGAGAGAGAUCCGUUUUGACAGAUGUACUUUUUAUACACAGUUUUAAUCAUAUACGAUGGAAGAAAACCAGCAAGUUAAGGUGUCUGUUCUAUAAUUCCAGAGAGAGUUGGUUGCCAUCAACCAUAUACAACUCCAAAGAAAUAUAACAGAGAUUUCAUUUAUGGCUGGCUGUAUUGUGGUUGGAAAGAAGUCUCUGCCCCAAUCUUUUGCUACGGCAGCAGUAAUGACAAAGGCAAGGAAAGUGUUUGCCACUCUUGCCCUAAAGAGGAUGAAUAGAUUAAUUGUUCCUCAAGAGCCUCAAAACUGGAAUUUGGCAGUGUGGACAUUGUAUGCUGCAAAUAGGGAAUCCUUCAGAAGCUCAAAGUAUGCUCUAAGAGUGAGGCUGGGGUUUGGUGUAGAAGCUCUUACUUUCCAUCUCUUCCCCACUGCAACUACUCGGCAAAAUGAGGGUUUCCUUAAGGAGAUACACCACCAUUUUUGCCUCAUAUUUAAG